AAGUUAUCUAUCGUCAGAGUGGGAGUUUCUUUCAACUAACUGUUGGGACGCAUCUCGGACUAAACUAAACUCUCCUUAUGAGUUUUAUGACACUGUAUUAUCCAGUUUGUGGACUUAUUCUGGUGAAGUCGGAGCUGAUUCGUUUCAGAACGGAAGAAAGACUGAAGAAAGUUGAACAAACACCGAGGCGGUGAAUCACAUUUUCCAUGAAGAUGUACAAUGAAUAAUCGCCUCUCAUAAAGCCGUUUUUUUUAGUUUUCAAUCGAAAAACUAGUCGUGUUUACACAUUAUUCGUUCAUUUGAGUGUUUAAGAACGCUUUACAGACAACGUUGGGAGUUAGUGAUGUUUUAAUAGUUCGAUGGUCUACAGUUCUAGUCGUUUAAUCGUUCAGAAACUACGUUUUAAUGUUAUUAAAUUGGUGUAGAAUAUCGAAAGGCUUUAUUUUCGCCAUGUAGCUUGUUUUCCACGCUUCUGGGAGAUGUGGAUUUGUGUAUUGGGAGGAAUGUGAGUGGAAGUGUUUCUCAUGGAGCUUCAGGUGUUGUGUGGAUUGAUCUACUGCUGUUUGCUGCCCGUCUUUCUACUGGCAGCCUGCAUCUUUCGCUACAACGCUCUCUCUUUAGUCUACCUUCUGUACCUGCUGCUACUGCCCUGGUUUCAAUGGCCCAACAAACACACACUACGAGGACACACUGGGCGUUUCAUCAAGGCUGUUUUCAGCACCAGUUUGGUUUUCCUCUUGGCACACGUGUGCUUUCAGAUCUGCUUAUACACCAUCCCCAGCCUGGAGGAUGCCCUGGGACACAACUGCAGCUCCUGGGAGACUCUAUCGAGGCACGUCGGGGUGUCCAGGCUCCCGCUGGAGGACCCCUGGGCCGUGGUGUGGCUCCUGACCCCAGAUCUGGGCAUCUUCAUCAUCUCUCUGAUCACACUCGUCCUCUGCAACCGGCUGAUGAAGAGGAGGGACGAGGCGCUCGUAACACACACGUCUGCACUUCUUCAUGAGGAGGACGAAACAGAAGAUGAGGAUGAGGAUGUGGAGCGAGAGGACGAGGGAAUGUCCUGCAGUGAGACUGAGGAUGAGGAGAGUCCUCACGCGAGUAGCGGAGCGGCUCAGCUAGCGGCGCGUCUGCGCGCCACGGCUCAGCGGUUCCUCAGGAACAUGGGCCGAAUCCUGGCCGUCACACUUCUGGCACUGGCAGGGAUCACUUUACCCUCGGCCUUCUCGGCCUUCUACUUCCUGCUGUUCAUCGGCGUGUGCACGUGGUGGGCUUGCCACUUUCCCAUCAGCCAUCUGGGGUUUAACACACUGUGUGUGAUGGUGGCCUUCUUCACUGGCGGACACCUGGUGUGUCUUUACCUGUACCAGAGCUCGUUCGCACAGGAGAUGUUCUCCCCGGCGGGCCUGUGGGCCAGAUUGUUUGGCCUGAAGGACGUGAUAAAGCCUGGAAACUGCUCUUCUUUCGACCUGGUCCUCAACACUCAUCACGACUGGCCGGUGUACGUCAAUCCCGGGAUCCUCCUGCUCCUGUACAUCUCUGUGACGGUGGUGCUGAAGAUCCACAGCCACACGGACAAGACCCUCGAGGCGGGAGAAGACAAGACGGCUCAAGCUGAUGAAGUGGAGCUCAGGCCGUGGGAGGAACGCAGUGAAGAUGACACUAAACAAACGCUUCUCGCCGCGGGAGAGUCUCCUCUGUCUGAAACACACUUCUCUAAAGAGCCCGUGACCGACGGCGCCGGCCAACACCACACGGGACCUGCUGGAGAGUCUUCGGCUGAUAAUCCUCUUCGUCUGGUUGGACGGAUGAUCUUACAACAAAGUUACAUUUGUGCCCUAAUCGCCAUGAUGGUGUGGAGUAUAAUGUACCACAGUUGGCUGACGUUCGUGCUGCUGCUGUGGUCGUGUCUGAUCUGGAUGCUUCGGGCACGCCAGCGCUUCGCUGCUCUCUGCUCUCCCUUCAUCCUCCUGUACGGCCUGGCUCUGUGUGGGCUUCAGUACGUGUGGGCCAUGGACCUGGAGGCCGAACUCCCCCAGCACAUCGGCACCAUGAGCCUGCGCCAGCUGGGCCUGGACCGAGCGCAUUACCCCUGUCUGCGGCUGGGAGCGCUGCUGCUGUUCACAUUAACGUUUUGGCUUCUGCUGAGACAGUCGGUGAAAGACACGUUCAGCAGAAAGAAGAGGAUGAGUGUCCCGUUGCAGGAGGUCACGACCGGAGAGAGCGCCGGCCGGAACGAGUCGAUCCUGAAGGUGUUGGGGGGGCAGGUGAUGAGUCUGUACGCUAAAUACUGGAUCUACGUGUGUGGAGGGAUGUUCAUCAUGGUCAGCUUCGCAGGAAAGCUCGUCGCCUACAAGAUCGUCUACAUGCUGCUCUUCCUGCUCUGCAUGUGCCUGUAUCAGGUGUAUUACUCUCUGUGGAGGAGGCUGCUGAAGGCCUUCUGGUGGAUGGUGGUGGCGUACACGAUGCUGGUGCUCAUCUCUAUAUACACCUUUCAGUUCGAGGACUUCCCAGGAUAUUGGGGAAACUUCACUGGAUUCACUGAACAGCAGCUGUCGGACAUGGGCCUGGAGACGUUCAAGCUGUCGGAGCUGUUCAGCAGUAUCCUGAUCCCAGGCUUCUUCCUCCUGGCCUGUAUCCUCCAGCUGCACUACUUCCACAAGCCCUUCAUGAGGAUCACAGAUCUGGAGAAUGUCACUCCCAUCCACAGGAAGAGAGGAAUAGAGAAUCCGGAUUUGGUUCGAUCCACAGAAGAAGUCAGACUUGAGGAGGAGGAUCUGGUCACGGAUCAGGGCGAUGAUCCAUCAGAGGCGGACGAGGCGAUACCCAGCAAGUGGGGACUGGUGAUGGACAGACUAAUGGUGUUGUCUACGAAGUUCUCCGACACCUUGACCCACAUCCAGAGUUUCAUUUGGAGAGUAUUGGAGCUGCACAUCGUCAAAAUCGUGGCUUUUUUUGUGGUCUGGGUCGCACUACUGGAGCCGUCUGCGAUGAACCUGGUGCUGGUGGUGCUGUGGAGCUUCGCCGUCCCGUACGGCCGCUUCCGGCCCAUGGCCUCCUGCAUCUCCACCGUCUGGGUGUGUGUCAUCAUCGUCUGCAAGAUGCUGUACCAGCUCAGCGUCGUCAACCCGGCGGAGUACUCCAACAACUGCAGCGCGCCGAUGAUGAACGAGACGAGUCUAGAGACGGAUGAAGUGCUGAACUCCACCCUGUACCGAGCGCCCGUGGACCCGGCCAACUGGUUCGGUGUUCGGAAAGAUGCGACUCCCCUGGGAUACAGCAAGGAUCAUCUGCUGGUCCUGAUGCUGCUGGUGUUCGAGGCGACUGUGUACCGGCACCAGAUUCAUCAUUACAGACAACAGCAGCGCUCGCCUCCUGCCAUCCCGGUCAUGUUUCCCCAGGCCACACGGGACACGCUGGACCAGAGUCUCCUGCACUGCCUCCAGUACCUGCUCAACUACAGCUUCUACAAGUUUGGCCUCGAAAUCUGCUUCCUCAUGACGGUGAAUGUCAUUGGCCAGCGGAUGAACUUCCUGGUGAUCAUCCACGGCUGUUGGCUGGUGGCCAUCGUGGUGCGGCGGCGCCGGGCUGCCAUUGCCCAGAUCUGGUCCCAGUACUGCCUGUUUCUGGUGGUCUUCAUGAUAUACCAGUACGUUCUGUGUGUGGGCAUCCCUCCUGCGCUCUGCAUAGAUUACCCUUGGAGAUGGAGAACCUCAGUGACUAUCCACUCAGCUCUGGUGAAAUGGAUCUACUUACCUGACUUCUACACCAUUCCCAACUCCAGGAACCUCAUAUCGGACUUCGUUCUGCUGAUGUGUGCGUCGCAGCAGUGGGCGGUGUUCGAAAAUGAGAGAAAGGAAGAGUGGAUGGUCAUGGGAGGAGAGAACAAAGACAACCCGGAUCCCAUGGAGGAGAUGCCCUUCAACCCGGCCCCAAACUUCAUCAACUGCAGGUCGUAUCUGGACAUGGCGAAGGUGCUGGUGUUCCGGUACAUGUUCUGGUUUGUGCUGACGGUGGUGUUUGUGACCGGAGCGACGCGGAUCAGUGUGUUCGGCCUGGGUUAUCUCACGGCCUGCUUCUUCUUCCUCCUCUACGGCACGCGGCUCCUGAUCAAGCCGUCGCGCACACGCCUGGUCAUGUGGGACUGUCUCAUCAUGUACAACGUGGCCGUCAUCAUCUCGAAAAACAUCCUUUCUAUCCUGGCAUGUGUGUUUGUGCUGGAGAUGCAGAAGAACUUCUGCUGGGUCAUUCAGCUCUUCAGUCUGGUGUGCACCGUCAAAGGCUACUAUGAUCCUAAGUCAGUGUGUAGUAAGGAUUGCUCUCUGCCUGUGGAAGAGGCCGGCAUUAUCUGGGACAGUAUCUGUUUCUUCUUCCUCCUGCUUCAGAGGAGAGUCUUCCUCAGCUUUUAUUUUCUGCAUGUCACUUCAGAUCUUCAAGCUUCAGCGCGACAGGCCUCUCGGGGUUUCGAGCUUUUCCGCGCCAGCAUUAUAAAGAACAUGCAUUUCCAUCAGCAAGCAGAGAAGAAGUCAAUUCAACAGCUCAAGGAAUCGAUGAAUCGCAUCCGUGACAAACAGCAGAAGUACAAGGAAGGACGCAAACCGUCUGAUGUGGAGGAGCAGCCCGAUGACGCCAAGGAACAGAAGAAACAGAGACAGUUGUCAAAGUCCAAACGAUGGGAGUUUCCUUGGAUGGAUCAUGCGACUGUGUUGCAUUCUGGGGAAUAUUACAUGUUUGAGUCUGACAGCGGAGAGGAAGAUGAAUCCUUUCAGGAGGAACAGAAACCUCGCAAACAAACGGCCUUUCAGCUGGCGUACCAGGCUUGGGUCACCAGUGCAAAAGAAGCGCUGAAAGAGCGCCAGCAGAGGCAGAGAGAGCAGAGAGCCGAAGCAAAGAAACAACAAACCUCUCAGGCUUCAGGUGAUGCUGAGGAGGAUGGGGAUGUUUUUGAUGUUGGGAAUUCCCAGGAAGUGGAAGAAAUGCAAGAGGAAGGAGAAGAUGUGGUAUCUCAAGGCACUGGCAGUGAUGUAGUUCAGAGGAUUCUGGACAUAUUGAAGUUCCUUUGGGUGCUUUUCCUAGCAAUGGUGGACGGAUUCACCACGUGGCUCAACUUGCUCACCAAACAGUAUGUAGACACUUCGAUGGUCCUCUGUGAGGAGCGCUACCUCUUCAUCCACAACAUCAGCCAGACCCUGUCCCGAGAGCCCACGGAGGACCAGCUGUCGCAGGACAGUGAGAAUCUCACUCUGGAGACCUGUCUCGACGAAACCGACACCGACAACACUCGCUUCAGCGGCAACAACGUGGUCGAGUUGGAGACACUGGGGGGUUUCGCGAAGACCCGUGACUUUAGCAGCGAGACUCUGUCUUCUGCACUCACACUAGAUCUCGACACAGAACCGUUCUUCAGCCAACACCCGCGACGCUCCAGAACCGCCAGCGAGCUGCUCUCCGACAGGCCCUUCAGUGUCGAGGAGCUGAUUCAGUCUCGUGAGUUUUACUCGACUCAGAACCGCCUGCUGAAGCUGGUGUUCGCGCUCUAUAACGUCCUGGCGGCUCACUCCGAGCUGGUGUGCUAUUUCAUCAUCGUGCUCAAUAACCUGGUGACGGCCUCGGUCGUGUCGCUGGUUCUGCCGGUUCUGGUGUUUCUGUGGGCGAUGCUGUCGGUGCCGCGGCCUUCCAAGAGGUUCUGGAUGACGGCCAUCGUCUACACUGAGGUCAUGGUGGUGGUCAAAUACCUGUUCCAGUUUGGCUUCUUCCCGUGGAACGGUGUGUACGAGCUGCAGUUAAACGAGGACAAGCCCUUCUUCCCUCCGCGGAUCCUGGGCCUGGAGAAAACCGACAACUACAUCCGCUACGAUCUGCUGCAGCUUCUGGCGCUCUUCUUUCACCGCUCGCUUCUCCAGCGUUAUGGGCUCUGGGACCGAGAGGGCCCUCUGGAAGACAAGAGCAAUCGUUCAUCAGCGGAGAAGAGCAAGAACGAACGAGAUGAGAAAGUCUUUCAGCUCUCGGAUGAAGAGGAGGUUAUGUCAACGACGCCUACCGAUGCUGAGAUACACACCGACCCCGACACACACACCACAGAAACACUCUGCCUGGACCCCAACACACACACAGAGACACUCGAGGCCGCGAAGGAGGAGGGAAAGAAGAAGAGUCGCUUCCUUCGCUUCCGCAAGAAAAAAUCCCCAGAAAUAGACACUAAACAGAAAGAACCCAAGAAGAAGAAGAAGAAGAAGUCAAAGACGAAGCACGGCGAGGACACCAGUAAAAAACUCCUGAAUGCUGUUGAAGGAAAACUCAAAGGCCUUUUCUUAUCCAUAGUGAUGAACGUGUACAAGCCGAGCUGUAGAUUCUUCCAGAACAUCUUGCAUGCGGAGUAUCAGACGGCCGCCGAUGUGUACGCGCUCAUGUUCCUCACGGAUGUGGUGGACUUCAUCAUCGUCAUCUUCGGCUUCUGGGCUUUCGGAAAACACUCGGCGGCCGCAGACAUCGCCUCGUCUCUGUCCGAGGAUCAGGUCCCCGAGGCGUUCCUGGUCAUGCUCCUCAUCCAGUUCAGCACCAUGAUCAUCGAUCGGGCCAUCUACCUGCGGAAGAGCAUCCUGGGAAAGCUCAUCUUCCAGGUGAUCCUGGUGUUCGGGAUCCACCUGUGGAUGUUCUUCAUCCUCCCCGCCGUCACCGAGAGGAUGUUCAAUCAUAACUCCGUGGCCCAGCUCUGGUAUUUCUUCAAGUGCAUCUACUUCACUCUGUCGGCGUAUCAGAUCCGGUGUGGAUAUCCGUCACGCAUCCUGGGAAACUUCCUCACCAAGAAAUUCAAUCAUCUCAACCUCUUCCUCUUCCAAGGGUUCCGGCUGGUGCCGUUUCUAGUCGAGCUUCGGGCCGUGAUGGACUGGGUUUGGACCGACACGACACUGUCUCUCUCCAACUGGAUGUGUGUCGAGGACAUCUACGCUAACAUCUUCAUCAUCAAGUGCAGCCGUGAAACCGAAAAGAAAUAUCCCCAGCCCAAAGGACAGAAGAAGAAGAAGAUCGUGAAGUACGGGAUGGGCGGCAUCAUCAUCCUCUUCCUCAUCUGCAUCAUCUGGUUCCCGCUGCUCUUCAUCUCAUUGGUUAAGUCUGUAGUGGGCGUGGUCAACCAUCCCGUUGAUGUCACCGUCACAGUCAAGCUCGGCGGUUAUGAGCCUUUGUUCACGAUGAGCGUCCAGCAACAGUCCAUCCAGCCGUUCACCGAGCGCGAAUACACUCGCCUCAACAAUCAGUUCGGGAAAAAUGCUGUGGCCAUGCAGUUCAUCACCAUGUACAGUUAUGAAGACAUCGUGACGGCCCGGAUCGAGGGCAGCUCGGGGUCGGUGUGGCAGAUCAGUCCUCCCAGCCGGCACGAGCUGGUCAAGGAGCUGCUCGACAGCCCCGGGGACAUGACGCUCCGGCUCGACUGGAUCUUACAGCGGGACCUUGGGAAGGGCGGGACAGUGGAACACACGUUCGACCGGCACUCCAUCAGUCUGGCGCAGGAGAACCCGGUUAGAGCCGACCUGGCCUCGCUUCUGCUGGGGAACCGGACGGAACCGGUGCUUGUGUCGCACAUGUUCCCGAACUACAUCCGAGCGCCUAAUGGAGCUGAAGCCAAACCCGUCAGCCAGCUGUAUGAGGGAGGAGAGGAGGGAUACCAGGACGUGACUCUGUCUCUGAUGAGAGAAGCUUCGGUGAACAUCACUGGAGCUCAGGAGUGGUGGGACAUCAGCAUCGCCGGCUGCCGCGAGUCCUGCGACGUCUUACCGAUGGUCAUCUUUAACGAUAAAGUCAGCCCUCCGAGUCUGGGCUUCCUCGCGGGAUACGGGAUCAUGGGUCUGUACGUGUCGGUGGUUCUGGUCAUCGGUAAGUUUGUGCGAGGCUUCUUCAGCGAGAUCUCUCACUCCAUCAUGUUCGAGGAGUUGCCGUGCGUCGAUCGCAUACUCAAAAUAUGCAUAGACAUUUUCCUGGUGCGGGAAACCGGAGAACUGGAGCUCGAGGAAGAGCUUUACUCCAAACUCAUCUUCCUCUAUCGCUCUCCAGAGACCAUGAUCAAGUGGACGAGAGAGAAGAAUCAAGACUGAGAGGGUUUUGUGGGACUAGAAGCUUCACUGCUUUAUAUAAGCUGGACGAACAGCGAGUCUAAAGCCGUUUCUCCAGCGCUUCGAAGCCUUGCUGAUGUUAUCGGCUUCUUUGCACUCAGAGGUUUGAUGAUGGAGGUCGUCUGUUAUUCAGCAAAGCUUGAGGAUCAGCCCUGUGACGGAUUCAGACGCUAGUGAACGCUGGGAACGACACAGCAGGACCUUCCAAGUGGAAAUACAAACACUAUAGGAGUGAAUCUCACUAACCUCCGUCUGGGUUAUAUCUGACCACCCGAUUACAGGGAUUUUCCCA